AUGGCUGACACAUUGUUGAGCAUCGAGCAAUGCAAAUCGAAACCAGGCGAGUACUGUGCCACAACGAGUCAAUGUUCGCCGGGAUUUCAAUGCUGUGCCUAUUGUCCCCCAUAUUCGAUUUGUGGACCAGAUACUGAGUUCAAACCUUAUUGUCGAUGGGGUUCUUGUGAAGAACGGAAAAACUAUGUUCAGUUUACUGAUGAUGAUCUCAUUUUUCUU